CUCGAGUCUUUAUAUUCUUUUUUUUUUUUUUUCAAAUCUGUGGAUCUGUGGCUACACGAGCGCUCCAGAGCUGUCUGGAGCCGGCAAGACCGGCAUCUCCACGUGCGUACUACUAUGUCACGUUCAACUUCAAAAUCGGAGUUCUAUCCUCUUUUAUCUCUGCCUUUCACCAUGACGAACAGAUCUUUGGUGUUGCCAGUAACAUCGUAAGAAAUUCUUACAAUAAAUAUUGACUCAUAUACUUACUUAUUCUCAUGGCUGAAUCUCCUCCGAUGCACCGUAUCUUUACCGUCCCAGAGCUGGUCACCGCAUGAAUCGCAGAACUCGCCUGGAUGCAGCCGCUCGUACACGGUCCUCUCACUGUCUGCAAAUUAUGGGCGGACAUCACGAUGGAUUCUAUUUGGCAGGAAAUAGACGAUCCUAGUGUCAUUUUUCGUCUGCUGGGGCCUGUUGAAGAGCGACCUCUACAUGACGAAGACGGCGUUUACGAUUCAGAAUGUUCAUUCAAAACCCUCCCUACGUUGAGCGGAUGGGCCCGCUUCGACAUAUACAGGCGGCGAAUACGCGUCCUGGAUGAUGUCAUACUUUGCACGAGUUACCGUCCCGUCAUAAACGAUAUCGCUGUGCUUCAGCCCAACUCCAUGGCUUUUCUUCCCAAUCUUACCGAGCUCUCCUGGCUACACUAUCGUGAUGACUCGUGGCGUGAAUCGGUGUUCUUCAUGCACGAAGGCAUCAAAAGGUUUUCCCUUGGGCUCGAGCUAGAAGAACCUGAGACGCAUGAAGCCAUUCUGAAAUAUUUCGAGCACAUAGCCACGCGUAUGCCGCAUCUUCAGAGCUUUACAUUGCGCUUAUACCGUGAUAAUGCUAUUGCAUCUGAAGCCCAUAUUGGGCCCGCGCUUUCAUGGCUUCUUCCAAAAUUACGCUUUCUCAAAGUCCUCGUUCUUCCUGCAAUGGAAGACAUGUACGCUGUCAUUGCUUCGACGGCAUCUCUCCCAAAUCUCGAAACCAUCGACGCUCCCAGGAAUGUGCAACUAUAUGAGACGCUGUUUUCGAUCUCCCCCCCCAGUUUCCAUUUCACGUUUUCCUGCAACCUCCAAAGCCUCAGCCUUACAAUCUCUUAUUCGGAUGCUGCUACCCGUCUACUCUGUACGGAGUUCCCCACGAUGACCAAACUGUGUUUAAGGUCCUACAAACUCGAAUCCUCGAUAUCUACCCGGUCACUCACGAAGGCCAUAUCAUUGCAUUGCGAAUCCCUACGUGACAUAGAGCUCAUAGCUGUAGCAGAUGAGCUAGAUUUUCCUACUGACGAACGCAUAACACUUGCCGACAUCCAACCAUUGUUUGGCUGUCGCAGUGUUGUCCGGUUUCGGAUCAGCCAUGUAUUACCCCUUCAGCUCACGAACAACGACAUUAUAACCCUCCUCCGAAACUGGGGCACGGUCAUUGAUCUUUCCCUUAACGAUUCUCCGUCGCGCCUAUUACCUCCAGAGUCCGAGCCAUAUUCCGACUGGGAAACUCUAGUCGUUGUCGCCGAACAUGGAAGGCACCUGGAGCAUUUAGGUCUUCAUCUUAAUGGUUUUGCAGAAAUUCGUUCCCACGUCAGUAUGCCGCCGCCGUUGCCCAAAUUAAAGCAAUUGAGUGUCGGAACCUCUGACCUUCCCUCUAAAAUGAAGGAUGUGCUGGGUCCCGCGCGCUUUCUCAGCCGGUUUCUGACUCUUCAGUGUCUGGUACACUCCUCUUAUCAGGGCCUGGACCAUACGGGAUGGAAUAUCUUAUCCGAAUUACUAGAGUCUUUUAUUCGAGUGAGGAUGGAAGAGCAAGAGUUAGCUAGGACACGGAUCUGCUAGGCGAUGUCAUUCUCAUCAGGAAUCAAAUGCUUUGUGAAAGAAUAUCCCAGAGGACUGUAAUGGCUUCCGUUCCGAACAUACAUUACUUGCGUUUUGUCGUCGUCGAGGAUGUAGCCUCACAUAAAAUGAAGUACCCUUGACGUGAAAAUAUUUUGUCUGGCACGUUACCUCGGCCUCGGAGACUAUUGGGCUCUAUUUUGGGACCAUCAUCAACGGAGGAUAGAGGAG